AUGGACACAAUGCUAAUUUGCCCAAAGGUGGGCAAGAUGGAUGAACUUGACACAAAGGACAAAUUGCACAAUGAUUGUGACGAUGUCAUGAAAAGCUAUCCAUCUUUGUCAGGGAAUAUAGUGUUAGGGACUUUGCUUUAUGCCAUCUCAAUGCUACAAACAAUGGUAGCAACCAAUUCUGGAUGUCAAACACUUCAAGUUAUCUGCUUAGCUUGA